UUUCGAUUAACUGGACAACCGGAAGUUGAUUUGAGAAAACCCCGGAGAAAAGCACGCGAAUCUACCAGUGUUGUGUGUUGUAAAGUACAAGAGUUUCAGCUGUUUACACCAUGUCUUUAGAAACUGUUCCUAAAGACAUCAGAAACCUGAGGGCCUGUUUACUGUGUGCUCUGGUGAAGACUCUGGACCAGUUUGCGUAUGAUGGAUGCGACAACUGCGAGGAAUAUCUCCACAUGAAAAACAACAGGGAUGCUGUGUACGAGUGCACCAGCUCCAACUUUGAUGGGUUGAUAGCCAUGAUGAGCCCUGAAGACAGCUGGGUGUCAAAGUGGCAGAGAAUCGCCCGGUUUGCCAAAGGUUGCUAUGCAGUGUCUGUGACGGGGAAGCUGCCCCCAGGUAUUGUGAGGGAACUCCGGGGCAAGGGGAUCAUGUACCGCCCCAGGGACGUCAGCCAGUCAUGAGGAUCAGUUGUGUGGACAGGUGUAUUUAUUGGACAAGAUGGCCGCAACAUGUGGGUGAUUUUAGCACAAGAACUGAGCUUAAACUACAAACACAACUGGAGGCUUGAUGUUAAUUCUGGUGAAGGUUAUGUUCCCUUGUUGCACAACAUCCAGACCCAAACAAGCAGGAUUACAUUUGACAUCUGGGAAGUUUUCCUCAUCGAGUAGCAGUGUUUUGAUACCACUGAAGUCAGGUGGAAAGUUUUGUAAAAUCCAAUUAUGCUUAGAUAUGGUAAUGAAAAAUGCUUCUGAAUUUAUGAAAAAAUUGAUAAAUUCAUUAAUAAAUUGGUCAAACGUAGUACAAAUAUUAAGGUAAAUGAUUUACAAAGAGAACAGUACCAGAUGCGUGCUGUAGUAUAUUUUCUGGAAACCAAAACAUGUUUGAGGAGUUAGUAGUGUGGUACAUGCUGCUACUAAUGUUGAGUCAUUGUCAUUUUUUUUUUUUUUUUAAAGCAGCAAAACGUAUAAAAAUGUAUGUGUGUGGACAUGAAAGAGCCAUAGUUGGGGUGUGAGAGUAUAUUUUAUGGAUGUUUCAGUGAAUGUGUGCCUGAUGUAGGAACCUAUUGCCUGGAGAGUUGAGGCGUUACGGACAUCACAUUUGUCAUCAUACAUCCCAUUAUGUACAUAACAGUUCAUAUGUCUCAUUGCUUAUACAAAUGUAUUGAUGGCCAAAUAUUUCCACCAGGUAUCUCUGCUGUGGCCUACUUUCUUGGUAACAAGUUUAUUAAAAAAUUGACUGCUGCUAAAUAUGUUCUUUAAUCCAUGAAUUGGAUAUUUUGUGACAAGGCGAAUAGUUUCAUGGAAAUAUUUGGCUGUUCAUAUGAACACUGUAAGUGAUUUACUGAACAGGAUUUUCUGUAGACAAACUCCAUGUGUUACAGGAUCUGGUCAGUUGGGCUUACUGUAAUUGCGUAUGUCGAAAUAAAUGUUUUUUGUAAUGAA